CUCAGCUGUCAGUUAAAUUUUCGCAGACAAAUGACACAAUUCCUUGGAUCCGUGACUACUUGAGAGUGCAAACCAUUAAAUUGCGAAUGAAUUCCCUAGAACGGGAUCGUAACAAUGAGUUCCAAGGAUAAGGAAACCAUCAACAAAUUCAAACAGUUCUUCAAGGCGUCGAAAACUCCAGGAGGUUUGCGCGAGCGAGAUUUGUCGCCGGAAUUGGAGAGGGAACUGCGACCGGAAACGCCGAUAGCGCAACGUUGCAAGGCUCUGAAGGAUUUAGGGGAUAUCGUCCUGAGGAAUCGGAUUGAGGAUGCAGCCUUGAUGAAGCUAUGGAAUUUGACCAAGGACAUCAUUGUCGACAACAAAUCGGUGGAAUAUCGCCACAUCACCUUGAAUUUCUACCGGAAGUUGAUACAGGGACAAUACGAAAACUUGGCUCCGAUGCGGGAGCAUUUCUUCCUUGUUAUUAAGCAACAUCAAGUCGCUGAGGACAUCCGACCACGGUUCGAUUUACUAAAGCAGCUCACGGACAAUGGAAAAGAUAUUUUUUCUUUUGAAGAAAAGAUUGGACCAUUCAUGAUCCAAUGGGCACCGGAAAUAAUCAAUGCCAACCUUCUCAUGCCUUAUCUCGAAAUGUUGCAAAACAUGAUCAAAUUCAAUGCAGCAUAUUUGGAAAAUAAUGUUGUUGCCGGGAUACUUGACUUAGCCUGUAAUUUAAGUUGCAACGUGGACGACGGAGGAGUUGGCCAACAGUGCCUCCAAAUCAUCGACACAGUCAUUUGCUACUCACUCUUCCCCAAUGAAUCGUUGCUCAUAUGCAUCCUAGCGCUAUGCCGGACUGUAAAUCUAGUGCCAUAUUGCCAGCUGGCGUGGAAGAUUAUGAGGAAUUUACUAGGAACAAGUUCAGGACAUGAAGCUCUUCUGACAAUGUGUCGAAUUUUAAAUGACAGGUGCCUCUACAAUGAUGAGGUUCUAUUGAGAGGAGCCGUUUUUCACAUCUAUAUGGGAGUCUGGAAUUCGAAUUCAACAACACCGCCGGUAUUGAAGACGUAUCCAUCGACUAUUUUGAGGAGCUUUUUAAAUUGUUUAGACAGUCGAAAAAUCAUUGUCACCUACGAAGUGAUCCUCAGCAUUCAAAACAUGAUUAAAAAAUCAGGAAAUCAGUUAGCGGAACACACUUGGGAUGAAGUUUAUGACAUUCUAGUUGCAAUAGCUGACAACAUUAAUCAUUAUGUACGAGACGGCUUCCUCAAACAAUCCGAACUGCACACACACUUCCACACUACAGUCGAUAACAUCGAAAAACUCGUUCAAGACGGCGAAAUCUCCCUAAGUCCUGAACUCAUGUACAAACUUAUUGAAAAAAUCGCUGAAGAUCGUUCAGAGGAGUCGGUGAUCAAAUUAAUUGAAUAUCGAACGUCAAAGAUCUCUGCAACCCAGCCUCAAUGGUUGCAAGCCUUACAUGAUUUCGUCGAUCGAUUUUACUCUAUUCCACGAUCGAAUAUUCGUGUAAAAGUCGUCCAGUCCUUGAUACGAAUCAUGGAAAGCAAUCGUGCUGCUUACGAGGAGGAGAUUUUGGAGCGAGUUGUGAUCCCACAAUUUUCGAAUAUCGGACACGAACCAGAGCUGUUGGUGCGGAUUAUUGUCGCCAAAGCGUUGAUUGAUUUUGCUUGGCAUUGUGAUACGAAACGAUGUGGCGAAUUGCUUGAUAUUUUAGAGAAAAUACUGAAUCGACCAUUUGAAGUUAGUAAAGGAGACGGAGCUCAUGAAGAAACGGAGAUUCAGGAUAUUUUGACGGUUGUUGAUGGGUUGAUUGAGGUCUUCAUGAUUAAGUUGUAUCGACUGCCUUCGAGCCAUGCGAUCAGGAUAUUCAAUAUGUUGGUUGGACACUUGGAGCUGCAUUAUCAACGGCCACGCGUUUUUGAAAAUUCGAGCACAGUAAGGCUCAAGAUAUUUGACUGGAUGUUGAAAGCUCGAGCCAACAAAACCUAUCACCUCGGCUUUCCCGAUCCAGCAAAGCCAGAAACUGUUAUUUUCAGCCAUUACCUAGGAAUAGAUACAUCUGCACCAACUGCACAUCCGGUUGCUGUUACGCAACCGCAACAGCCACAGAAUAUCGAUCCAAUCGCGCACAAUUUCACUACAAUUUCAAUUCGUCGUGGAUGUAAACUAAUUGUCCAAUGUCUCGAAAAAGAACAAGAUUACGCCGUAUUCCAACUGGUUCUCCAAGAACUUCCAAAAAUUUUGCAGAAUAAAGCUCUCGUUACUGGCUGUGAUAUGGAGUCGUUGGCUAACAUUAUGUUGCGAAUAUUUAGUGACCGUCGUUUUCCCGAUAUCAUGGCCUCUAGGUCUAUUAAAUUGACCUCUGACGAUUUCUAUGCAUUGAUGCUUCCUGCGAUAGCUAGUCUUGUAACGUAUCAAAUACGACAGCAGCCAAUCAUUGAAGCUUUGAAAAUGGGAAUUCCGUCAAGAACAGCGGGGGUGUGUAUUAACACGUUGACUAUAAUGAUCCUGGAGAUGCCAGAGAUAUUGAUGCGACAACUGCCUGAUGUGUUGUGGGAAAUGAGCAAAAUGUCAGAUACUGUGAGCGUGGCGAUGCCAGUAUUGGAGUUUCUGUCAAUUUUAAGUCGUUUACCAAAUCAUCGCUUCACGAACUUCGUGGCCCUUCAGUACAUGUAUGUGUUCGCCAUAACGCUUCCUUACACAAAACCCCAUCGAUAUAAUCACUACAUUGUUUCCCUGGCGCAUCACAUCAUCGCUGGCUGGUACCUGAAAUGCCGAUUAAACGUUCGCCGAAAUAUUGUUAGCUACAUAAUUGCGUUCAUCCAAUCGAAUUUCGAUGAUGUAAAACUCCCACAGACAACAAUCUCCGCAUAUCCAAUUAAUGAGGAUUCCUCAAAUCGCAAGCGAAGUUCCAGUUUAACUGAGCGUGGUUCGCGCGUUCGUGAUCGUCCAACAAUGACCUCGCAGCCUCCAAAUGCAGAUUUGCGUCCAAAAAUGAAUGAGAAUUUGAAGACUUUUCACAUGGAGCUGGCGGAAACUUGUAUGGACUUUCUAGCUCGUCAUACGUUUUCACCUUGUUCCGCUCUGCCAAAACGGCUGCCUUCGGCUGAGUAUUUACUCAAGGACGCCCCAUCCCAAACUUGGCUUGUGGGAACUAACCUCGUGACCAUAACAACAAGCGGAUGCUCCGCCCUUCCAACAAGAAAUGGCUUAUGCGAUCGAUGCGCACAAAUGUGCUUCGGUAGCUUCUCGCAAAACCUUCAAAAAACAGAUACAUCGUCAACAAUAGCUUCUUCAUUCACACCGAAUUCCCCGGAAGUAAGUGGAGGAAGUGUUGGCGGAUCAUCAACUCGUAUUGCAGAAACUGGAGCCCCUGAAUUUCCGGUAAAUAAACGGUACACGAAGGCUAGUCUACAAGCCAGCAGCGGAACAGAAUCAGGAAGUAUGGAUCUCACGUCUUCAACUUCGUCAUCUUCACAACAGCAUCAGUCUCUCGACGGGAAGACAAUGCGACAGAUCUCCAACGAAGGCCGUUUCAGCUGCUCAUCUGGUUCGUUAGAGGCUCUUUCGCGGCGAGGCAGCAACCCAGAUCCAGCGGAAGGACGGGAAACUGUCCAACUACAGCAGCAACUUUGCGCUUGUUCUUGCACCGGAUGGGCUGAAAUCUACAUUCGUCGUCCCACCGGAAAUAUUUCUUGGAUAAUGCGCAUUCAAAAUCCGGUCGAGAAUGAUUGCUUCGGUAACGAUAUGCCGAUACAUGACUUAAUCAGCCUAUUUCUGCCUUCCCAACAUGGCGGUGUGUUUGGUAAUGAGUUUAUCAAGGACCUGCCGCCUGUUUCCCCACCAGUUUGUCAACUGCCAAGGCUUCUAACCGACAUAAAACCUGAAGCUAAACCGACAGAGGAAUCAGAGCAUGAAACAGUUAAAAGUACAAGCGCAAAAGCUCGUCCGCUGAAGCGCCAAGAAGAGGUAACCUCUGUAACGAGCUCCGGUCCAAUAGACAUACCUAAGAAGGCCACAUCGCACAAGGAGCCUGCGGGAAGUUUCAGCGAUGUCGAUGACGACGAAGAUAACGAUGGCGAUGAUGUGAAUUUCGAAGAUGGAGAGUCGCGAUCACGAAAUCCUGUACGUAGAGUGAAUUCGAGUCCUGAGAUGAGUUCGAAUUGGCGAUAUCCACAUCAAGCGUCGAAACAAGCGGGAAAAGGGAAUACAAUUGGUGGCCAAGAUGGAAUGGGGUCUACUGGUGGUGAGAAUACGGGCGGUCCGACGGUGGUUUCCGCAGCUGGUGGGGAAAAGGAUGAUGACAGUGAACAGCAGCAGAAGAAAAAAGGAUUCGGUAAAGAUAUGCGUGUUAGUUGCGAGGCUAUUCCUGAAGAGAUGGCAGGUUCGACCCCUCCCAGUCAGUCAGAAUCCUUGAAAGACAAUCAGCAACAAAAGCCCCAACAACAACCGACUGAAAUAAAACCAGAACUUGACAAAGACGCCUCUAACAAAGCCAGUACCACUGUCCUCCCGCCGAAACAGCAUUCAGCGGACGACGUAACCCAAACUUUAGCUGUAGCUCAGUCAGCAUCCACGACCAGCCUUAAAAUCCCUGUCGAUCACCAACCAAAGGUAACAACAAAACCGCCUCAAUCACCAGUUUCUAUUUCAACUCAUCCGAAAGCGCGAAGUGCUGCCGAUCGUAUCGCUCGACAAAUGACGACUUUUGCCCCGAAUACAAACGGAGGUAGCAGCGGAAGUGGAUCAGAUAGCAACGGAGGCGGUGGUGGUGGCGAUAUGCCUAGAGGACGAUCUAAAACUAUUUCUGUAGUUCGCGAAGUGAAUCGUGUCAAUCGAAAUACGCAAGCCAAUCGAUCGGCCACAUCGUUUCGUGUACCGAAUCCACCUAGUGUUUCGCGGCAUGGAAUCAGUCCUAAUUUCGUAUUCUUGCAAUUGUACUACACGGGACAGUUGCAAGUUACGGAACCGCCAUUGAAAGUUUCACAGGAGAAUAUGAAAGCGAUUAAUCUAUUAGAUUUGAUCCCGCCGUUUGAAACACACCAUAUUGGAGUGUUGUAUGUUGGACCUGGACAGUGUAAUAAUGAAGCGGAAAUUUUACGAAAUCGAUUCGGAAGCGUUCGAUAUGUGGAGUUUUUGCGGAAUUUAGGAACUUUGGUGAGCUUGAAGGAUGCUAAGGAGAAUAAUUUCUUUAUUAAUAUGGAUUCGAGUGGCAGCGAUGGAAAGUUCACGUAUGUUUGGAAAGAUGAUGUUGUGCAGGUCACAUUCCACGUUGCAACUUUGAUGCCUAACAAAGAAAUGGAUCCCAAUUGCUACGAGAAAAAGAAACAUAUUGGCAACGACUUCGUCUCUAUUGUGUACAACGAAAGCGGGGACGAAUACAAUUUGAACACGAUAAAAGGCCAAUUCAACUACGCUUGCGUUGUAGUUGAACCACUCGAGUUGAAUAGUAAUCGAAUAUUUGUACGUGCCAAGGAUGAAAUUUCCGAUUAUAUUUCACACUCUGAGCCUAAGGUUGUGUCGGAUGGAAGUGCACCAUUGUUGGCCCGUCAAAUGGCCUUGCAUGCAAAUUUGGCGUCACUUGUCUCACAAUCGCUUAAAACGAAACAUCCGUACGCAUCGAACUGGCUUGAACGACUGAGGAAAAUUAAAACUCUCCGAACGAAGCUUCUGAGAGAAACGCAAACACCAUCGUUUGGAAGUGGAAGUGGUGGUGGCGGUGGAGGAGAUACUGGAAGUUUUUCAUCCACCACAACCCUUGUGGAUCAGAAUCAAAUGACGGCAACAACAGCGUCAACGGGAUCGUCAACGGGUGAUGUUUCGGCCCGAACACCGCCGCGACAUAAUAUAAAUGACUUUACGAAAUACACUUAGGUUGGAGUCACUUUAGUUUUAGGUGCAUCUUUAUUUUAUGCAUAAAUUAUUAUUAAAGGCUGCUUCUAUUCAGAUGAAUUGUUUCUGAGUUGUUACUGCUAUUGGUUUUGGAGCAUAUUUCAUCCAUACUCGAACCUGGCUUGUAUUGUUUAAGGAUUCUUCUUAUAAUAAAGAAAUUACUAUUCAAGUUGUACUCAUAUGGAAAUAAAGUUAAAAAGUAA